AUGCACGUUAAUGUCGGACAUAUUGUCUUUCCCGUGCCGAUACUAUCGCAGGAAGCACAGACUGUUUCUGUGAAGCGUGUGAAACGUGAGGGCGCGCAGGGCGUUGCUGCUGACGAUGCUCGUUUUGUUCGGGAAUCAGUUGUUGCAGCAGUCCGCGUAGCGUUGCGGGAAGCUGUUGACGGUACUUCGGUGGACGAUGUAUUCAUUGACGUACAUGUGCAUGAGGGUGGUAAGGGUGUCUCAUUUUCAUUUGUUAAGGGAUUCCUAUCUCUGUCACUUUCCACUCCCGCCGGUACGGAAGUUUGUAUUCCUGCCGGACUGACUUUUGACGAAAUUCAGAACGCUACAGGGUUUCCAAGUUUCACGCAGGUGAGACUUCACUUCUCUGAUGAAGUAGGUGGCAUGGAGUUGCCGGUGUACUGGGAAAAGAGAGUAGUGUGUGCGGCGACACCAACUGCACUAGUAGCUGUUGAAGGACGGAUAAAGACUCCUGGUACGAAUAUACAAUACGCUGCAGAUAAAGACAUAGUGUUAUUGGAUAGCCGCGUCCUCGUUGUCGGCGCUGGAGGCAUCGGGUGCGAACUGCUCAAAGUUCUCGUGCUUUACGGGUUUAGCGACAUCGACGUGUUCGACUUAGACACUGUUGACGCAACAAACCUCAACCGGCAAUUCCUUUUUAAUAGGGAUGACGUUGGUCAGUCCAAGAGUGCCACUGCACGUCAGGCCAUCAUGAACUGGUUCACCCCUGCAAACCCACGGCGACCUCCCAACAUUCGCGCUCACCAUGCCAACAUCAAGGAUGAAGCCUAUGGUAAAGCGUUCUUUGCUCAAUUCGCGGUUGUGCUGAAUGCCCUUGACAACGUUAGUGCUCGUCAGUGUGUCAAUCGCAUGUGCAAGCAAGCAGGCGUGCCGCUCGUUGAGAGUGGGACGAUGGGAUACAAUGGUCAGGUUCAACCCAUUGUAUAUGGUCGCUAUGAAUGCUAUGAUUGUCAUCCAAAGGCUUCAGGAAAACAAACACUAGCCGUCUGUACAGUUCACGCUCGACCCACAACUAUGGUUCAUUGCGUUCACUACGCAAAGGAGCUGUACGAGCGUCUCUUCGGCGAUGGACAACAAGAUGCCGGGGAUGAACUAACCUUCGUCGAUGAUCUCCUAAACCAGGAAAAAGAGCGGCAGGGGAUCAACACAGAAAAUGGUAAACUAAAUUUGCACAACUUAGCGGUUUCGCUAGGGUGUUGUUUGUUUGUUUCGAAGAUUGAGGAACUCCUUUCCAUUAAGUCUGCUUGGCCAACGCAACCACCGUCCCCCCUUGAACCCACAGCUAUUCACGGAGCAGCGGAACAACUUAAAGCGGCGUGUGAUAAUCCCCAGGGCGUAGUCCCGCGAGUGACUCGGGAUUGUUUAAUGUCGUUGAAUGAAACAGCUUUACUUUUUGUCGAUGCUUUUGUUCGCUGUGCUUCGCGUGGCCAACGAGUUGCCUUUCGUAAGGAAGAUGAUGAUGCGGUUGAUUUUGUGGCGGGUGUGUCGAAUUUACGUGCUCUAAUAUUCCAUAUAUCACCUCAGCAGUCGGUCGAGGAAAUCCGUAGCAUUGCCGGGGCAAUUGUGCCCGCUAUCGCAACGACAAAUGCUGUUAUAGCUGCUGGUGUUGUGCAGCAGGCUGUGCGUGUACUGUUCGUGUCUCGUGGGGGAAAUCAACCGCCUGAACCGAAGAUGAUUUACGUUAGAAAAGUACCUCAAGUGCGCCGCCGUCGCCUUUCAGCCAAUCCUUCCGCCGUUUUAGGGGGAAAUGGCAAACUGGGGUUGGUACGGUGGGUUUCAGACAUGUACCUUGUUCACAGUGCGCCCCCUAAUCCGGCCAGUGAUAAGUGUCUCGUGUGCCGCGAUCGUCACCCAACUGUCGACGUGUAUUUGAAUGCUAAGCAGGUAACGUUCGAAUUGUUUGUUCAUCGCGUACUUCAGCAACACUUGAAUAUGCACGAGCCGACAAUUUUUCAUGGUGCAAGCAUUUUGUACGAGAAAGGGGACUAUGAAGCCCUAAAUUCUACUCCUUUGCUAUCACAAAUGAAGGAUGAUCACAGGCCGUUAGAUCUUCUUGUUGACGAUCUCGACCACGACGUAGAGUGGCGAGUGGUAGUUCAUCAUUGCGAAGAACUCAAAGAGCAGGUACCACAGUCGGGUGUAGUGGUGGAAGGCCUUGAGGAGGCCUUAAAGUUCGAGAGUUCGCUUCUCGCGAUGCCAAUUAGUACUGCCGAUCCCGCAGCUAUCGAUGCUGGGGAUGCUGUCGGUGAGGCCAAUGUGCCGGCGGGUGGCUGUACCCUUUCCAAAGCCGCUGUUCCUGUGCUUAUCGACUCCGGGGACGAAGAUAGUGACGAGGUUGUAGAAAUUGAUUAG